CCGGCGGGUGGGGCCCGGGUCACACCGUGUGCCAGGGCCCAAACGUCUCUCGAUGGGCCUGCUGCCCCGCUCAGACAGGCCCCCCCAGCGUUCGGGGGGCAUUCUGGCCGGACGGGGCAAUACAGGGCAAUGGGCGAAGGUCUGGAGCCGGGAAGCGAUGCCCUCUCUCUCCUGCCACCGCCGUACAUUGCUGGGGGGCGUUAGGCUUUCGUCGGACGCGGCCAGCAGUGGCCAUUGGGGGAAGCCAGGUGCCAGACUAGACCAGCCGGUAACAAUAAUACCUCACUCUUUUCCAGCCCGUCUCACCAGUAGAUCUCCCGGCGCUUUACAAAGGAGCUUGGGAUCCCCAUUUUACAGAUGCGGAAGCCAAGGAACAGAUUAGUGAAGUGACUUGCCCAGCAUCACCCAUCUGGCUACCAGUAAGGCAAGGGACUUGAACUAAGGGCUCCAAAGUCCACAGUUGCUAGGGUGACCAUAUUUCCCAAAGAGAAAAUGGGACACCCUGAGCUGCUUGCCCAAGGGCCUCAUCCAAGCCCCACUCAAUGCUGUUGUCCAUUGCUGGAACCCUGCGGGUCCCCCCUCAGGAGGCUGUUGCCGGAACCCUGCCAGCCCUCUCCCCUGCGUGCUGGAACUCCCCGGCCCUCUCACCUCCUCUAUGAGGGGCUGGCAUCUCUUCCCACCCCCUAUGUUCCAUCGCACAAAAAAGGGGGGAUUUGUUCCAUUUGCUCUUGCCAACUGAUGAAGUUGGCAAGAGCAAACAGGUCAAAUGCCUCCUUAUGAGUAAAAAAAAAGUCGGGAGGACCAGGUCAGGGCUUAAAAAAGGGACUAUCCUGGCCAGAAUGGGACAUAUGGGUCCCCUACCAGUUGCAGCCUUACCCACUAGCCUAAAAUAAAGCAUCAGGGCAAACACUGUUUGUCCACAAGAAGAAGACAGCUUGUGUAAGGGGAAGGAAUUCAGUGCAGCACAGCCCUGGAGCAGCAGCUAUAGAAGCCGUCAGUGGACUCUGGUGUAUCUGAUGAGCCACAGUUCCUCUAUGGCUGAAGCAGAAAAUCAGAAACAACUUCUCAGGCUGAUUCAAGAAGGCAGGCUAGACCUUUUCAAAAAGGAGUUGCAGAGAGACGAGGAAAUGAGCAAGGAAGUGAGGCGGAAACACUAUGGGAAAUCUGGGGACACUUUAUUGCACUAUGCAGCCAGGCACGGUCACCUGAAUGUUUUGACCCAUUUAGUAGAAGCCUUGGAAAUGGACAUCGAGAUGUUUAAUAAUGACUACAAAAGGCCCCUCCAUGAAGCGGCUUCCAUGGGUCACAGAGACUGUGUGUUGUAUCUGCUGGAUAAAGGUGCAACAAUUGACUGCUUGAAAAAGGCAGACUGGACUCCUCUCAUGAUGGCUUGCACCAGGAAGAAUGUGCAGGUGAUUAAAGAUCUCAUUGAGCAUGGAGCAAACCCAUUGUUAAAGAACAAAGAUGGCUGGAAUUGCUUCCAUAUAGCAAGUCGGGAGGGUGAUCCCCAGAUCAUCGAGUACUUGCUCACUGUGUCUCCAAGCAGCUGGAACACAGAAAGCAAAAUCAAGAGAACUCCUCUGCACACGGCAGCUCUUUACCCUGGUUUCAGCGCUGUGUUGGAGGCAUGCUUCGAGCCUGCCUCUCGCGAACAAUGCGGAGUGACUCCCUUUAUGGAUGCCGAUACGAAGGGCACAUCGACAUACCCAAGGCUACUCGUGAAGCAUAGAAGGGCUUGUUAUACAGCUGCAGAUGCAGUAGGUGCUCAGCCGUUGCACCAGGCGGCAGUCACGGCCCAGGACGAAGCCAUCCGGUUCCUUGUCUCUGAUCUCGGUGCCAAUGUCAAUGAGAGAGCAACGUCAGUCCAACUCACGGCGCUACAUUACGCAGCCAAGGAAGGACAUACAAGUACCGUCCAAACGCUGUUGUCCCUCGGUGCUGAUCUACAUGCUAAAGAUGGGAAAAGUCGAUCUGCCCUGCACAUGGCCUGUGCGGGCCAGCACGCAGCCUGUGUGUGGCUUCUCCUGCAGGCUGGAUUGCAGGACUCCCCGGACGACACUGGAACAUUUGCACAGCAGCUUGCCAAGAAACCGGACGUCCUACAGCUUUUCAAGGGAAUAAAUGUUAGCACAUAAAACUGAUGGAGGAGAGAAUAAAAGUUUGUUUUCGGCAUC